GCGAGGUUAUCACAUUAGCUUGGUUAGUUAGCUAGCCGCGAAAACCUUGUGACCGUGUGUCCGCACUUUAUUCUAGGUUUCAGGUCCCCGUUAAAGCCUCGCAAGGACUGUGCAUUGCUGAAUCAUCACGGACUUCUCACGCCUGCGAGGAACGGUAAUCUCCGGAGCUUGUGUGUGCACGGAUCCCAAUGAUGAGUUAUGCUGAAAAGCCAGAGGACAUCACGAAAGAAGAGUGGAUGGACAAAUUAAACAAUGUGCACAUACAGAGGGCGGACAUGAAUCGGCUCAUCAUGAAUUACCUGGUCACAGAGGGCUUCAAGGAGGCGGCGGAGAAGUUUCGGAUGGAGUCUGGUAUCGAGCCGAGCGUGGACCUGGACUCUUUGGAUGAGAGGAUAAAGAUUAGAGAGAUGAUCCUGAAGGGCCAGAUACAGGAAGCUAUUGCACUUAUCAACAGCCUACAUCCAGAGCUGCUUGACACCAAUCGAUACUUGUACUUUCACCUGCAGCAGCAACAUUUGAUUGAGUUAAUCAGGCUAAGAGAGACUGAGUCAGCGCUGGAGUUUGCUCAGACGCAACUGGCCGAGCAGGGAGAGGAGAGCCGAGAGUGUCUGACUGAGAUGGAGCGAACGCUCGCUCUGCUGGCCUUCGACAACCCGGAGGAGUCGCCCUUUGGAGACCUGCUCAACAUGAUGCAGCGACAAAAGGUGUGGAGCGAGGUGAACCAAGCUGUGCUGGACUAUGAAAACAGGGAGUCUACGCCCAAACUGGCUAAACUCCUGAAGCUGCUUCUCUGGGCUCAGAAUGAGCUGGACCAGAAGAAGGUGAAAUAUCCCAAAAUGACUGACCUCAGCACGGGCACCAUCGAGGACCCCAAGUGAACACAGCAGCUGAGAGCCGCCGCCUUCCACACCCCCUUAAUUUAUUAUCAGUCAGUGACUGUGUGACAACCAGGUAACAUAUGUGUAUAAACAAAUGCUAUGGUUUUGGGUUUUUUCGUUUUUUUUUUUUUUUUUCAUGUUUCAUUCACUGAACUCAUUGUGCGAACUGUAAAUUGCUGUAUUUGCAAAGUGACAGAAACUUAUUUAGUUUAAUUAAAGAUCUUGGGUUUUUUAGAUCUUGGUAACAACGAAGUUCAAAUUGCUGUUUUAUAUUUUGUCUUUUCGAAACAUGAACUGGUAGUAUUAUUUAUUGUGAUCAUUUUCCCCACGGAGGCUUUUAUUUUGCCAGAAAGAGAGUUGCUGACGUUGUAAAUACUGCGUGUGGGGCAAACUGAGGAACCCCGGGAAAAGAGAGUACAGCUGGCACAAGAGAGAUAUAAAUGUCCUUUUUCACUGAAGGCAUGUCUAGAGUGAGAUAAUCUACUUCAGUAGAGUUAAAAAUCAAAAUUUCAUAAACAAAAUAUGACUAUUUUUCAAAAAAAAAACAUUUACAAAGCUACACUUUAUUAAUGUAGUAUUAUUUUAAUGUAAGAUUUUAUUUAUGACGAUGCUAGGCAAUUUACUAUAAAGUCCGCUUACAGUCUUUUUACGCCAUUAAAUUUGAUUGUACGUUUACGGAGAGUCUAUAAGACGGCCUGCCUUGAAGAUUCGUCAUCUCGCGCGCAUUUGAGAAGGUGAAGAAAGUCCAGACAGACGUGUUUAAAUCAGAGACGGCGUUUAAGCCUCUGCAGCCUUUUUCCCACUCUACAGUAUGCACUGCCUUCAUAAGCUCGCGUCUGGUCCCUACAUACUGUGAAGUAAAGGCCCGGUGAAAUCAUUUACUGUCAUCUCUACUUCUGCAUCCUUCUUGGAUCGUUUUCAAGCUUCUUGUGUCGUCAGAAUGAUAAUUAAAAAAUAUCAAUAUGGUUCUUUUCAGCCUGCAGGAGACUCUCAGAUGAUGUUUGAAACUAAAUGUAAUUGUUUUAAUGUUGCAGUUUCCAGAUUUAAAUCUCAACCUAAAUCACUUUUUUCCCCACAUUUGUUUUUUUUAUUUUACACUGAUUCAAAAUUUCUCAUAGGUGUGAAUGUUAGUGUGUUGAUUUUUAAUUUAUUAUUUUUUUGUGUGUGACCUGCCUUCGCCCCUGUACGUUCAGCUGGGAUGGGCUCCAGCACCCCGCCGUCCUGCACCGGGGGAAGCAGGGCAGCGGUGGGACGGAUGAGUUAGUUAGAAACCAACAGAAGGCAGAAACACUCUGAACUGCGCCUCAUUUCGUUUGCCUUCGGCUAAGUCGAGAAAUUGUUGUAAAGCGCUGAGAGGCCGCCUCCCCCCACUGAUCCCAGCAGACCGCGUUCUCAGCUGCUCUGGGUUUGUCCCUCAAUGAUGAGACACAACCUAAAUCAAUAAGAGUUUGAACCUGUGAUAGCUCAAUAGAACGUCACAGUAUAAUGACAAUAUCCCCCUUUGAUACUCGACGAGCUGCGCUCUUUACUAACUUCAGCCUAUUUGCUGAAACAAAAAUGCGAUUUCGGUUGUUUGCUGUCAUCUCGUUCCUGUGCAGCUUCUUCCUCUCACCUGUUGACACUUCAUUCACAGAACACACCGAUGUCUUCAGUCUCACCAUGUCUGAAAUUCACGAUUGGAUAUGUAAACCGAUGUCAGCGUACCUUAAAGGGUGUGACUAUCCAAUAUGUUGAUUUUUAUUUCCUUUUUGUAAAUGCACAGACGAAGUGUCAGUUCAAAUGUGUUGGCAGGGUGACCCUCCAGCUGAGAGUCGCUGAUCUGAAGCAUCUUAAAGCGGAAUCGUCCCACUCUCUGAAGCAGUUAGUCGUUUCACUUUACCUGCAUGUGUGUGACUUACUUUUAUUUUUUUUCCCCCCCUCUGGGGAAAGGCACUUGUGCUUUCUUUAUGUUUUGUUUACUUUUAUAAAUAUAUAAUAUAUAGAUAUAAAAAAAAACCUUGCUGCUAGAUGUUCAUCCUUAAUUUAUUUUAAGGUUGUAUUGUCUUUAUAGAUAUUGGCUUUGAUGAAUACUGAGACUCGGAAAGCUCACAUCUUUUAUUAUUCCACAUUUUUAAAAUCAAAUUUGCAGUUAUUAAAAUAAAACUUUUGUGAACC